UGGCCGCGAGGGGAAAAGUGUUUUCUGAAUACAAUUUAUAUCUGAUAUUUGUUUCAUAUAGGUGUCCAAAAUGAACUCAAACGAUGUAUUUCCAAAAGUUAAAUCAUUGUUGGAAUCACUAAAUGUGUGCGAGAAAUGUACUCUGAGAUUUCUUGGUGACAAACAUUAUGAGAGUUACUCAAGUGAAAUUUCUAUUACUAAGGCAUUCCACCAACCCUCAGAAGAGGAUGUAUCAAAUAGCUCUCCGCCCCCCAAGCGUCUCUUGCCUUCGGUUUGUGCCUCCUGCUUGGGACUCCUUCAGGACAGCUGUCUCAAGAGGAUCACUCAGAUCCAGGAAGAAAUAGCUGCGAGCGGGCAUGUUUUCCAAGACUUUGUUCUACAGGUCUCCGUUCCUGUAGUCAUGGACUUAAGAGACAUGCUGUUUUACCUUUUCUUGAAAGAAACCUUUGGGGAGGAGUAUUCGCUGUCUGCAACAGACAUCCCUUCCGCCAAGGAUGCUUGGAAGUGGGUGACAGGUCCCCUCUUGGGGAAGGCCACUGGAGCCGCCUUCAAUCCAGGCAGCAACUUCCGGAUCUCAGUCCAUAUCUCCUACCUUGAUACGCCCCUGGAAUGCCUUCCGCUGCUCCAAAAAUGUCCUGAAGCAUUUCCCAAUCGAAAAAAGAAAAAAGGCAGGUCAGAAAUCAUCUACACCAGAACUGCUGUCAUGAAAGCUCUGACAUCCCUCUCUUCUCAAGUGCAGACCCUAUUCUCUCUUCCUCCAACCUCCCCAUCUCGCGGCUGCUCUUUUGAGCAGGUAUCCUGUUGCCACUGCCCCUUGUAUCUAGGGGGCCGCUACAACAAGUACUCUCGAGAGCUGAGCCAGACACCAUGGGUGGUGGACGGAGAGCGGAGGAUGGAGUCCUCUGUCAGUGAGCUCAUCUCAGAUGUGGUGAAAAGGACCAUCAAGUGCUGUGAUAUUGUGUUUUCGGCUUCGGGUAGAGAAGACGUGGACGUCAAAAUGCUGGGAGAUGGCCGUCCAUUUGUUCUCGAGGUAAUUAACCCCAGACGGGUUUCCUGGACUUCAGAAGAAAUAAAAAAUGUUGAAAAGGAAAUCAAUGAAAGUACCCAUCUCAUUGCCGUGAAACAUUUACAGAUCAUUUCAAAGCAGGACACUUUAUUGCUGAAGGAGGGGGAGGAGAUGAAGCGAAAGAGUUACACUGCUGUCUGCCUACUAGACAGGACCCUCUCUCAAGAGGACAUCCUGAAGCUGGAGAAAGUACAGGACCUGGUCCUGAUGCAGAAGACACCACUUCGCGUACUACACAGGCGCACCCUGUCCACUCGUGAGAAACUUAUUCACCAACUCGUGGGACAAAUCAUGGAGGAUGAUCACCUGUUGCGACUACGGGUUGUGACUCAGGCCGGGACGUAUGUGAAGGAGUUUGUUCACGGUGACUUUGGGAGGACGGUUCCCCACCUGGGUGACCUCCUGGAGGCCAAGACGGAUAUUUUGGCCCUUGACGUGGAGAGCAUUCAUUUGGAUUGGCCACCACCACAAGAAAAUAAAAGCUAAUUUUCUU